GCUUAAACAGCGAAUAGUAUUCUUAUUAUUCUGGUCAAGAUGCCUCUUCAUCUACUCGGUAAGAAGUCAUGGAACGUCUACAACCCGGAGAACAUUGCCCGCGUGCGGCGCGAUGAGGCACAGGCGAAGGCCAGGGAGGAAGAACAAGAGCGUCGCAUUCAAGAAAUUGAUGCCGAACGAAGAAUACAGAUCCUCCGCGGUGAACGGCUAUCUACUCCACCACCUCCCCCGCGGUCACCGUUGCCGGUCUCUCGGCCUGAUAGGAAGAGUUAUGCAGAUGAUGCUGGAAGAUCCAGAAAGCGACGGCGGUUGGCUGGAGAGAAUGAUACGGAUCGCGAUAUUAGGCUCGCUCGAGAGGAUGCACAGUUUGCACUGGCGAAGCGGGGGGAGCUUGUUUCCUCUCGUUCUAGUGAUGCGCCGCUUUACGAUAAUGCAGGUCAUAUUGACCUGUUCCCUUCAGAAGCGCCACAUAAACGCACGGAGAAAAACCCGGAGAAUGAAAAAGAGUUGGCCGAGAAGAGAAAGGUAUAUGAAGAUCAAUAUACGAUGCGGUUCUCGAAUGCAGCAGGGUUCCGUCAAUCUGUCGGCAAAAAACCAUGGUAUUCUUCUUCGGAAAAGGAUGCUACGGUUCCAGAUUCAGUUUUGGGGAAAGACGUUUGGGGCAAUGAGGAUCCUAUGAGAAAAGAAAGAGAAAAAUCUAGAAUGGAUGCCAACGACCCACUUGCAGUGAUGAAAAGGGGAGUCCGCCAGCUAAAGUCGGUUGAACGAGAAAGGAGGAAGUGGGAAGAAGACAGACGACGGGAGUUAGAAGCUUUGAAACUGGAAGAGAAACACCGUUCGGGGCAUCACAGGAGCAGAUCACGGUCCAUGGACAGCCUUGAGGGAUUCAAACUUGAUACCUUACCAGACAAGGAUCGAGAAGACAAGAAUCGAAGAGCACAUCGUCAUCGUCGCCAUGGCCGAGACAGAAGCCGGGACCGCUCGCGUAAGAGGCUCUCUCAUUUGGAUGCAUAUCCACAUCGUGAUCGUGAUCGCAGUCGCAACCGCAGUCGGAGCGACCGUAACAGACGCCGUCACCGGGAAUUACCCGACUCAAGGCAUAACUAAUCAGGUAUGAAGCCGUGUUCUUCAACCAUCUUUUGAUGGUUGUCUUACAUAUAUGAUACCCACCAGAUGGCAUGUUGAAUACUUCAAUUUUUUUUAA